CCUGUGGAUGACAAUCGGUGGGUGAUCACAACAACAACAUGGCGGAUGGCGGGGAACAAGAAGAUGAUGAAUUCAAAUAUCAAAGGAUUAAACAUCAGACUUCAACCAUUUGGGAGACCAUAUCGGAUAGAGAAUUCAAACCAACUAGCAUCACUGCUGAGCUGAUAGAGACAAUUUUCACAGUAUUUGAUGAMAAGGAAUUCCCAAUAUGUGAAGAUAAAAGCACAUCAGAAAUUCAAAGAGAAGUCUAUAGCAUAGCUGUUAAGUGCUGCUCAAAAGUGUUAAACCUCCUAGUGUCUUGUGACCCAAUUCAGUGUAAAGUUGACUGUCCUUCAAUUGUAAAAAGAUUAUUAGAAGUUAUUAAUUCAAGGAGUGAUGGUUCUGCAAAGUGUACAAACAGUUUAGAUCUUCUUAUAACAAUUUUAGAUUCUAUUGUUUCAAUUAUCGCCAAUGACAAAUCUCAAGUUCUUCAGGCAAUAUUUGUUGGAGUUAGCUGCUUCCAAAGCAUUGUUACAACAUUAGAGUAUCAGACAAAUGAUAAUGAUAAAAAGAGCAAGUUGUUUGCAAGUUGUAUCAAGGCUCUUUCUUCAGUGACUUAUCAGUCUUCAGCAUCAAAG